UAGUUUGGAGCCAAUCACUUGGCGGGAAAAAACAUAAAAAUUUAUUUUUUGAUCCAAAUUCAUCCCUCCAUUUUCACAUUAAAAUUAAUCAAAUCAACAGAUUCUGAAUUUUUUUAAUUUCACCACUCACUUUUUCUCAAAUUCUUUAGAAAAUUAUAAUUUCUUGAUUCAUCUGUCUCUGUUGUGUUUGGGUUAGGGUUUCUUGGUGAAAGAAAUGACGGAAGAAGCAGAAAUGAUGGUAAUAGACGUUGAAGAUCACGCGCCCAAACCCAACAAAACCCUGAAGAAAAGAAAGCGGUCAUCUAACUCUACGUUACUCUCACCGGAGCAGAAGGAAACCCAAUUGGAAAUAUUGAAGAAAGAAACUGAGGGGCUUUUUGGGUAUUACAGGGACAUGAUGAAUAAAAGAGACGGGUUUGGUUUGGGUGGGGAGGAUGGCAAUUUUGCUGGUAAUAAUUCGUUGAACGGAACAGUUGGGUUGUUGAUGGAAGAGAGUGAAUUGGGGUUGUCGAAGCUGGUGGAGGAGAUACAUGCAAAGCUGUCAAAUAAUAAGGACGGCGGCGGUGCUACGGCGGCGACGGUGAAAAGUGCAGUGUUGUUCGUUGGGCAGAGAGUAAUGUAUGGAGUGCCUAAUGUGGAUGCUGAUGUUUUGGAGGAUGAUGCCCCGUCUUCUCUCUGGUGUUGGGAGACAAGAGACCUAAAGCUGAUGCCUAGUUCCUUGCGGGGUGACCUUAAAAUUCGUCGUACGUGUCGAAGAAAGAUUCAAGAGAGAAUAAUUGCUGUUUCUGGAAUGGUAGCUGCACUACAAAAGUCGGAGACUGAUCAAAAUUGUGAAUUUGAUUUAAUGAAGGCGUCAGAGAAGCUACGUAAAGCAUUACAAGAGGCAGAUAUUCGUUUAUUAGUUGAUGGCAUGCGGCAGAAGAAUGGUGCAGAGAUGGGUGAUAAGGAAGCAAAACGAGAGCAGAAAUUGCUACUUAAACAACUAAAGAAAGACAAGCAAGAAGCUGAAAAGGAGAAAAAGAGGAUGGAUCUUGAGCUUCAAAAGGAAAAGAGGCUUAAUGAAAAAGAGCUUAAGAGGCUGCAGGAGGAGGCAGAAAAGAAUGAAAAGCGUCGUGAUAAAGAGGAGUCUGAAAUGAGGAAGCAACUAAGAAAGCAGCAAGAGGAAGCCGAGAAGGAACUACUCCGUAAGGAGAAAGAAGAGGCUGAACUGAAAAGGAAAACUGCAAUAAAGAAACAAGCUUCAAUUAUGGAACGCUUUCUCAAAAGAAGUAAAGCUAGUCCACCCUGCCCAAGUGAUGAGACCUCAACUAAAGGAACCGUGUCUGAUUUGCCGAUGCAGCAGAAUGUAAAGACUCUGGAGGCUGUUACUCUGGCUAUGGACUACACUCUAUUAUCAAAUGAUGAUAUUGAAAUUGACAAUAUUCGCAAGUUUCACUUGUCUUCUUGGCGUCAUUUGGGUCAGACUAUUUUCUCAAAUGGAAAACAGCAUUGGAGCACUCGUCGGACGCCCAAGAUUGAACUAUUCAAGGAACUUAAGCUAACGCCCAGGGAAUGUAGCCAUGAGGAUGAGCUGAAUGUACAUAAGAGUGUAAACGGGGAUGAAGGACAGCCUUCUGAUGAUAGAUUACAUACAGAAAAUUUAAAGAGUCCUGACAGUAGGUGCAAAAGGAGCAAGCAGCUCUUGCAGUUUGAUAAGAGUCAUAGACCUGCAUUUUAUGGAAUUUGGCCUAAGAAAAGUCUUGUUGUUGGGCCACGCCACCCUUUUCGAAAGGAACCCGACUUGGAUUAUGAUGUUGACAGUGAUGAAGAAUGGGAAGAGGAGGAUCCUGGUGAAAGUCUUUCAGAUUGUGACAAGGAUGAUGAGGAGCAAAAUUUAGAGGAAGGAUGUUCAAAAGAAGAUGAAGAAGAUAGUGAAGAUGGCUUUUUUGUUCCUGAUGGGUAUCUCUCAGAAAAUGAGGGAGCACACGUUGACAGAAUGGAAACUGACCUCUCAGUCGAGGAGGCCAAAGAUGCACCCAGUGGCAAGCAAGACUUGGAGAGUGAGGAAUUUUAUACAUUGCUCCAACAGCAAAAGCAUAUAAAAGAUUUGACAGACCAUGCAUUGCGGAAAAACCAGCCCUCCAUUAUACUAAAUUUAAUGCACGAGAAGGACCUUUUGUUAGUGUCAGAAGAUGCAACAAGUAACUCUAAGAUGGAAAAGAUGUGUUUGGAAGCUCUUAGCAUGCGAUAUUUUCCUGCUGGGCCGCCAAUAGAAAUUUCUAGGGUUGACAACCAAGCUAACGAUCAAGAUACUUGCACGUCCAGUGCCAAGGCCAGUAGUACACCUAUCUCAUCUGCGACAGCCAUACAAGACUCAGACAUGCCUAAAAUUGUUUCUGCUAUUCAGUCUCACUCACAGAGCAUCAGUAAAGCAGUGGAAUCCUUGCAAUCUAAGUUUCCUACGGUAUCGAAGUCUCAAUUAAGAAAUAAAGUUCGUGAAAUAUCAGAUUUUGUGGAGAACCGUUGGCAGGUCAAGAAAGAAAUUCUGGAUAAGGCUGGCAUAUCAAUUUCACCAGAAAAGGGGAGAGGAAGAAUGCAGAACAUUUCAACAUUUUUCUCAAAAAGGUGCAUGCCUCCAUCUGGUAAAACCAUUAAUCCGAAUGAGACUUCGCCGGAGCCGUCGACAAAAUCCGGUUCUACAGCGGUGCGGCAACAACAUGCUUCCACUUAUGGUCAUCCAUAGUUUUCGGUUUUUGGUUUUUGCUAAUAUACCAUAAAUAUUCAGUCUAGUGUAUAAUAUCUGCACACUGACUCAAAUCCUAGUAAUUUUGUUUUUGUAUUGUAGUUUGAAGAUUUCUGUCGGACCAGGAAUCUCCUUUUUGGUUUGGAUUAUGAAGAAAAAAUUCAAGGCAAUUUCAUAGUUGAAAA